UUUUGCUGUAGGUGAAAAGUCACAUGACAAUCAAAAUGGCAGACAGUGUGAAAAACAUAUCAGCUUUGUUAACGGGAUUAGCCAAAAGAAAUUACUACAAUGAAUCUGAAUACACAGAUGAUUUUUUAAAGAGUCAAAUAUUUCCGGAUGUAGCUGAAGAAGAGUAUGCAUCACUACUCAAAAGAUGUUCAAGUUACAUGAAGAGUAUAGUAUCAGCUGAUAUGGAUUUCAAUCAAUUAGAAGCAUUCUUAACCUCACAAAUGAAGAGGAGGGAGGCAGCAAUGUCAGAAGAAGAGGCUAGUGCAUACAGAAAAUUCUGGAAAAUACAUAAAAAUAAAAUUCAUGACACUUUAGUCUCAAAGACAAAUUGGAACAAUACCCUGAAAAAAGUGUCAUGGCGGAUUGAUGUCAAGUCACAAGCUAAGAAUACAGAAAAUAUGAACGAGCCAACAGCUAUAGUGGAACUCCAAAUAGAAAAUCCUCAGGAAUCACAGAAAGCUGAUGUUGUGCAAUUUGAAAUGGACGAAAACAGAUUAGCACAUGUCUUGCAAAAUAUGAAAGACAUUGAAGAUCAAAUUGUCCAAUACUGCCAACAGUAAAAUUGUCAAUUUGAAAUAAUAUUCUAAAACAUCACAUCGGUAUGCCAAACAACUUGCUAACACAUUGCUGUAGGAAAGUGAGAUUUGAUUUUCAAAUAUUGGCAAUCACAGACCAAGCUUUUCAAUGCAAAUUUUGGAUGAACUACUGCAAAUGCCAAUAUCCUGAAGGCAACCAUUGUUGAUGUAAUAUAUGAAUAUACAUGUAUCACAUUAUAACAAUAUAAUGCAGCUAUUGAAAGAUCAAUAUAAAGACCAUAUAA